AUGCCUGCUAAAGAGGAGAAGCAGCUGGCUGGUAGCUUAGCUCAGCGCAAGUGCCUGUUUAAAGUUUUUGAUGCGCUUGAGCGAUUCAUCCGUGAUUACGAUCAUGAUCGCGACAGUUUCCAGUUGUGUGUGCGGAUUGAUUCACUGGACAAGAUGAACGAAACCAUCGCGGAGUGUCAGAGUGUGAUCGAGAAGCUGGAUGCACCAGAGGCUCUGGAUGAGCACAUCGACGAACGCGUUGAAUUCGAGCAACGGUACUGCAAGGCAAAGGGUUUCCUUCUCUCGAAGCGCACCGGGGAUCCUAACCAGUCGGCAUUGAACGAUUCGAUUCACGCUCCACAGCAACAUCAAGCAAACUUCCACCUCCGUCUCCCAAAAAUCGACCUACCGAAGUUCAAUGGGGACUUUUCACGUUGGAUUUCAUUCCGGGACACGUUUACUUCGAUGAUCCACGUGAACGGCGAUAUUCCCACAGUCGCCAAGCUCCAAUACCUUCUCCAAUCUCUCGAGGGUAGCGUCAAUAAACCCUUUGAAUCGGUCGAUAUCGCCGCCGAUAGCUACGCUACAACUUGGGACGCUCUGCUGAAAAGGUACGACAACCGGAAAUACCUUAAGAAGCAACUCUUCAAGGCGCUGUACGAGCUGCCCGCAGUGAAGCAGGAGUCCAAACUGGGCGAACCGGUGGAAUAUUGGGACUUGCCACUCAUCUACCUGCUCUCGUACAAGCUGGAUCACGCCACACUACGCGCCUGGGAGGAGAAGACUAGCCACAAGGACGAUGUGAAGUAUGAUGAACUGGUCGAUUUUCUCUACCAGCGGGUGCGGAUACUCAAUUCCGUCGGGCCAGACAGUCAUCAAUCAGCCUCGUCGAAGGUGGCCGGCUUCCAGCAGAAAAGCUUCAAGCAGAAAGUGUCGGUCAAUGCAUCAGCCUCAUCCACUCCCAGCUACUCCUGUCCGCUUUCCUGUUCGGACAAUCAUUCCAUCCGAAUAUGUCCGGUGUUUCUUGGGAAGAACGUCAGUCAACGCCGAGAGUUGGCUUCCCAAAAGCGCCUGUGUUGGAACUGCCUCAGCGUUGGUCAUCAAUCCAAGAAGUGCAAUUCCAAAUACAACUGCCCGAAGGUAUCAGCUACGUCAGCAAUGCAAGUAAGCACAACAGAGCCAGCCGUGUCGUCGAAGCCCGCUGUUUCUAAAGCAACGUUCAGCAACCGCUUCCAUCCACGUCCCGCCAAGUUAGCAUGGCAGUCCAAACUGCAUGCACCAUGA